CUCAAACAAGAGCCUGUCCAUUCUUCGAUAUUUAUUGAAAGCUUGGAAAUAAAAAUACAAAAGAUUACAUAUUUAUCAACCGAUGGAGCAUCUGUAUUAAUUAUUCUGCUUUAUAUAUACUCUCAUAGGUUUCGCUGUAUCCAUAACCGAUAUCUCAUUUUGAAGUUAACCCGCAAAACCUAGCUAUACCUAUUUUCACCUUCUCCACACAAGCACACACUCCUCAGAGAAAGAAAGAGAGAGAGAGAGAGAGAUGGGAUCUCCUCUUCUGGCUAUUUUUCUCUUUUCAUUCCUGAACUUGUGUCUCCUCCAAGAGCUUGCUCUAGCUGCCACAACCAGGCAUUACAAGUUUGAUAUUAAGUUGAAAAAUGUGACUCGGGUUUGCAACACCAAAACCAUUCUUACUGCAAACGGGAAGUUUCCGGGGCCUCGCAUCGUAGCCAGAGAAGGCGAUCGCCUUGUUAUAAAAGUGGUCAACCAUUCUCCAAAAAAUGUUACCAUUCAUUGGCAUGGUAUUCGACAGCUUCAAAGUGGAUGGUAUGAUGGUCCAUCUUACAUAACACAGUGCCCCAUUCAAACUGGUCAGACUUAUGCAUAUAAUUUCACCAUUGUUGGCCAAAGAGGAACUCUAUUUUGGCAUGCACAUAUCACUUGGCUAAGAGCCUCUCUUUAUGGCCCCAUUGUCAUUCUACCCAAACUAGGUGUCCCUUUUCCAUUUCCCAAACCUUAUAAGCAAGUUCCCAUCCUCUUUGGAGAGUGGUUCAAUGCAGAUCCUGAUGCAAUAAUUAACCAGUCCCUCCAAACAGGUGCAGGCCCAAAUGUCUCUGUUGCCUAUACCAUCAAUGGACUUCCAGGGCCACUGUAUAAUUGCUCUGCCAAUAAGGACACAUACAAGCUGAAGGUGAAGCCUGGAAAAACUUACCUUCUUCGCCUGAUCAACGCUGCUCUCAAUGAUGAGCUCUUCAUCAGCAUUGCAAAUCAUACAGUCACAGUAGUUGAAGCUGACGCAUCUUAUAUCAAACCUUUCGAGACCGAUACAUUUCUGAUAACCCCAGGACAGACAAUGAAUGUUCUUCUCAAGACCAAACCCUUUUUCCCAAAUGCCACUUUCUUCAUAGCUGCAAGACCAUACGCAACCGGCAGUGGCACAUUCGACAAUUCCACUGUUGCUGCAAUUCUUGAAUACGAUUCACCAACAAAUACUGCCUUUCCAUCUAUUAAGCGGCUUCCUCCAUUAAAACCAACCCUACCCUCUCUCAAUGACACUCCCUUUGCUUUUGAUUUUUCAAGAAGACUCCGUAGCUUGGCGAGUGUUAAAUAUCCUGCUAAUGUGCCACAGAAAGUGGAUAAACAUUUCUUUUUCACUAUAGGUCUAGGAACCAGUCCCUGCGCUAAAAACCAGACCUGCCAAGGACCCAAUGGAACCAAGUUUUCUGCUUCUGUGAACAACAUAUCCUUUUCUGUACUCCCUACCUCAGCCAUGCUCCAAUCUUACUUUUUUGGGAAAUCCAACGGUGUUUACACAACAGAUUUUCCUGUCAAGCCAAUAAUUCCGUUCGAUUAUACGGGGACUCCACCGAAUAACACUAUGGUGAUUAAUGAAACCAAAGCUGUGGUUCUGCCAUUUAACACUAGUGUGGAAGUAGUGUUGCAGGACACCAGUAUUCUUGGUAAUGAAAGUCACCCUCUCCAUUUGCAUGGUUAUAAUUUCUUUGUUGUAGGUUCAGGAUUUGGGAACUUUGACCACAACAAUGACCCUGCAAAUUUCAACAUUGUUGAUCCUGUUGAAAGAAACACGGUUGGUGUGCCUUCCGGCGGUUGGGUGGCAAUCCGAUUCCUAGCAGAUAAUCCCGGGGUGUGGCUAAUGCAUUGUCACUUUGACGUUCACCUAAGCUGGGGUUUGAGAAUGGCUUGGAUCGUUUUAGAUGGAGAGCUUCCCAAUCAGAAAUUGCCUCCUCCUCCUGCAGAUUUACCCAAGUGUUGAUUUCCCACUCCAUAUGGCCUUGCACAAAUUUUCUAAUUGUGUAAUUUAUUGAUUCAGCAUUAGGCCUUCCAUGGCCUAUUAAAAAUUUUCUUUUUUUGUUUUAUUUUUCAAACUACAUCUUCUCCUUUUUUUUUUUGGAUAAUUCCUAUUGGAGGGAAUAAAAUGAUUUUGUUUUUCUUCUACUGAAUGAUUCCUAUUGCCCAAGAGUUGUUUCACCAUUCCCCACAGACUACUGUAUCUCAUUAGUGAAUAAAUAUGACGAGUGAAAUUUUAUUGUUGCUUUA